AUGCAGGAUAAACCGCAACUCGAUUGUCGAUCUAUUUCAGUUAUUUCAGUGGGUCCCAGCCUAGACCUGGAUCCUGAGAAGCGUGAGCAGCUGACUUUCCGAGCACUCCUGGAGUUGAAGGGGGUGCCACCUGCAAGGACAUUCCGACGCUCAAGUCAGUGGGUGUGGAAGUGGCGGAGAAGUGGGUCCCUCAUGGGCAGACCCACCUUCCGCGAAAUUUCCCCUGCCAGCUGUUGUCAGUCUGAUAGUAGAGUUUGGAAUGACAGUUUGCAUGGUGGCUUUGUAGUUAUAGAUUUUGAUAAAAUAUUUGACUGUUGCUUCUCGGCGAAUGUGUUGGAAGAAGAAGCAUACAGAGAUUAUAUAGGGGAAAUAGUAGCACAGCUAAAAAAUCAAUACUUUACAGAUGCUUCAAUCAUGGUAUUCAAUUUCAGAGACCGGGAAACGCGGAGCCAGAUGUCAUCAAGUGAAAGCUGGUUGUCUGUGGAGGGGCAGCAUAACGUGGUGUUAUUGCAUUGCGAAAGGGGGGGUUGGCUUGUCUUGGCGUUCAUGCUAGCAGGCUUUCUUUUGUACAGGGGGCAGUAUACAGGGGAGUUGAAGACUCUUGAAAUGAUGUACAAGCAAGCAUCUAGAGAAGUCUUACGACUCUUUUCUCCUUUGAAUCCCCAACCUUCUCAGUUGAGAUAUCUCCAGUAUGUUUCCAGAAGACAUUUGGGUUCUGAGUGGCCUCCACAAGAAACGCCCUUGCUUUUGGACUAUUUGAUCCUCAGAAACCUUCCAUUGUUUGAUGGUGGAGAAGGUUGCAGGCCUAUUGUUCGUGUCUAUGGUCCAGACCCUACAAGACCUGCCAAUAGUAGCUCUAACAUUCUUUUCGAAACUCCAGGUUCCCUCAUUCAACACUACCCGCAGGCAGAAUGUACGCUCGUGAAAAUUGAUAUCCAUUGUCGUGUUCAAGGGGAUGUUGUUCUUGAAUGCAUACAUUUGAGUGAAGAUUUAGUUGGCGAGGAAAUGAUUUUUAGAAUAAUGUUUCAUACUGCAUUUGUUCGCUCAAACACAUUGAUCUUGAGUCGUGACGAUAUUGAUAUUGUGUGGGAUUCAAAGGAGCAGUUCCCCAAGGACUUUAAAGCAGAGGUAAUUUUACCUUUUAUUUAUUGUAAGUUUGUUACUACUUUUAUUCGAGAUGUAAAUGACAGUGAAAGUGAUUCACCUGAUGAGUUUUAUGAAGUGGAAGAGAUCUUUACGAAUGCAAUUGAUGCACUUGAAGGUAGAGGAGAGUUUGGUUCUCCUAUGGUCCGUGAUGAUAGAAGUCAUAUAGACAUUUGGAAAGAUUCUUCAGAUCCUCAAGCCUCUACUUCAGAUGAUGGGAGUCACCAACAGGAGGUUAGAAGGGUAGAAUUCGAUCCUCAAGCCUCUACUUCAGAUGAUGGAAAUCACCAACAGGAAGUUGAAAGGAUAGCCUCUAUUUCAGAUGAUGGGAAUCACCAACAGGAGGUUGGAAGGGUAGAAUCUGAUCCUCAAGCCUCUAUUUCAGAUGAUGGGAAUCACCAACAGGAGAUUGGAAGGGUAGAAUCUGAUCCUCAAGCCUCUACUUCAGAUGAUGGGAGUCACCAACAAGAGGUUAAAAAGGUAGAAUUCGAUUCUCAAGCCUCUACUUCAGAUGAUGGGAAUCACCAACAGGAGGUUGGAAGGGUAGAAUCUGAUGUUAACAUAGUUAAAGACAUUGUUAUUGAUGAUGUCAAAUACAAGUUUCAAGAGAUGACAGAUUCGGAUCCUCAUGAGGUUAAAGACAUUGUUGUCGAUGAAGUGGAGAUUAAGUCGAAUUCAAUUGCAGAUAAAAUGAAUUUGCAAGAUGAGGUGACAAUUAUGCACAAAAAUUUUGAUGAAAAAGAGGAAAAGCAUGAUCUUUCUAUGUCACAUUCUGAUCAUAAACUACAUUCAUCUACUGAAAAGAAGCAUCAUUCUCCCAAGUUAAAGAUUAAACAUCAUGAACAACAUAGUCACGAACAACAUGGUGAUGAGGCAAAGCAUAACCACGAACAACAUGGUGUUGAGGCAAAGCAUCACCACGAACAACAGGGUGUUGAGGGAAGACGUCAUCAUCAGGAACAUCAUGAACGUCACCCUGAACAUCAUGGUCACGAGGGAAAGCAUGCAAAGGCAAGUGUAGCAGCUAAGUGGAUUCCAAGUAACAAGGGUUCUUACCAGGAUUCAAUGCAUGUAUAUUAUCCAGCGUCAAGCCCCCAUUACGUACCAACGAGUCCUCGAGGAAGGUCUCAUAGUAUUUCCCAUCUUUCUGAGUUGAAAAGUCCUAAAGGGAGGAGCACUUCAAAAUCUUUAGAACAUAUAGAACUUGAUACUACCUCUCCAUCGUCAUCCUCACCUUCAGUUAAAGACCCACCUCUUGAGUCAACCACUCAAGAACCACACCUUACUUCAAAUCCAAUACUUCUGCCACCCCCUUCAAUAUCAUCUUUUGACCAUAGAGACAAGUCUGUUUAUCCAUCCGUAUCUGUAGUUGGGGAAUUAUCAAAUGUAGUCUCCCUUUCUAAUUCACCACCACCAUCAUUAACAACACCACCCCCUCCACCUCCACCACUACCACCACCUUUUUCAAAAUAUGGAGUUCCAACAAUUCCUCCAUCUUCCCCUCUCUAUAUUCCUUUUACACAAGAAGAUCCUAGACAUCUUCCCUUGCCGACCUCCACUACAUUGUUUCAAAUUCCACCACCACCACCUUUACCACCAUCAUCCUUGACUUUACCAUCCUUCACUAAUGUAGAUAGUAAUCCACCACCACCCCCUCUUUUACCUGAAUGUCUACCAACACAACCUCCAUCUCCCUUGAUUACAUGUCCACCACCGCCACCGCCACCACCGCCACCACCACCACGGCCUCUACCCCCACCCAUUUCAAGUAGGGCUUCACCGCCACCACUACAUUCUUCUCCAUUAAAUGAAUUACUUGAAACACCACCACCACUAUUUCCUUCAUCAAGUGGAGCACCACCUAUACCACAACCUCCUCCACCAACACCAGCACUUCCUUCAUCAAGUGGAGAACCACCUGCUCCUCCAUCAAAUGCACCACUAUCAACACCACCAUCCCCUCCGUUAUCAAGUGGAGCACCACCACUACCAUCACUACUUGCUUCAUCAAGUGGUGCACCACCUAUACUACCACCAGCUCUUCCUCUAUCACACGAAGCAGCAGCACCACCACCAUCACUUCCUUCGUUAAGUGUAGCACUACACAUGCCACUACCUCGCCCUCCUCCACCAAUUUAUAGAAAUCAACCUCCUCCACCUCCUCCAAUGAAUGAAUCACCCUCUCCUCCACCCACUCCUCCGCCUACUCCUCCGCAACCUCCAAUGCAUGCUAUAUCCCCUCUGACAAUGCAUGCAGCACUAUCUCCUCCCCCACCUUCUCCGCCACCUAGUGCUCCUCCCUCACCUCCGAAGCCUGCAGCACUACCUCCUCCACCACCUUCCACGCAUGCAGCACUAUCACCUUCGGCAGCUCCGAAUCAUACAACACCACCUCCAAUGCAUUCAGCACCACCACCUCCGCCACCUCCUCCCCCACCUCCAAUGCAUUCAGCACCACCACCUCCGCCACCUCCGCCACCUCCUCCCCCACCUCCAAUGCAUUCAGCACCACCACCUCCGCCACCUCCGCCACCUCCUCCCCCACCUCCAAUGCAUUCAGCACCACCACCUCCGCCACCUCCGCCACCUCCUCCCCCACCUCCAAUGCAUUCAGCACCACCACCUCCGCCACCUCCGCCACCUCCUCCCCCACCUCCAAUGCAUUCAGCACCACCACCUCCACCUCCUCCUCCGCCACCUCCGCCGUCUACAAUGCAUGCGGCGUCACCUCAGAUGCAUGGAGCAACACCUCCUCCACCACCUCGGGUAAAUGCAGCACCACCACCUCCGCCGCCUCCGAUGCAUGUAGCGCCACCUCCAGUGCGUGGAGCAGCACCUCCUCCGCCACCUCCUCCACCUCCAAUGUCAGGAGCGCCACCACCUCCAAUGCCCAGAGCGCCACCACCUCCACCACUUCCAGGAAGCCGCGGCCCACCUCCGCCACCUCCAAUGCCCGGCGGAGCACCACCGCCACCUCGAAUGCCCGGAGCGCCACCACCUCCACCUCGAAUGCCCGGAGCACCACCGCCACCUCCGAUGCCAGGAGCGCCACCUCCUCCACCUCGAAUGCCCGGAGGGCCUCCACCUCCUCCAAUGCCUGGAGCACCUCCGCGAGGACCAGGCCCUCCUCCGCCUCCUCCUCCUGGAGUUGGUGGCCCAGGCCCACCUCCGCCUCCUGGUAGUGCUCCAGGUGGUGGACCUCCACCGCCUCCGUUGGGAAGAGGUGGUGGAGCUGCUAGAGGGCGUGGGCUCACACGUAAUACAGCGAUGCCUCGACGAUCCCCCUUUAAGCCUUUGCAUUGGAGUAAGGUUAGCAGGGCAAUGCAAGGGAGCUUAUGGGAAGAAUUGCAAAGAAGUGCGGAACUUCAAACUGCACAAGAGUUUGACGUUUCAGAGCUGGAGAAGCUUUUUUCUGCAAGUGCUCCAAAAGCUGCUGAUAAAUCUGCCAAAUCCAAAGCUGCUGCACCCAAAACUGAUAAAGUCCAGUUGAUCGAUUUACGAAGGGCCUAUAAUACUGAAAUUAUGCUCACAAAGGUUAAGAUGCCACUUCCUGACAUGAUGGCAGCAGUGCUAGCCAUGGAUGAGGCAGUGUUAGAUGGUGAUCAGGUGGAAAAUCUCAUCAAAUUUUGUCCUACUAAAGAGGAGAUGGAAACUUUGAAGGGAUACACUGGUGACCCGGAGGCUUUAGGAAAAUGUGAACAGUAUUUUAUGGAGCUGAUGAAAGUGCCAAGAGUGGAGGCAAAAUUAAGAGUGUUCUCUUUCAAGAUUCAGUUUGGGACACAGGCUGAAGACUUCAAGAGCAGUUUAAACACUGUGAACUCUGCCUGUGAUGAGGUCCGAAAUUCAGUUAAACUGAAGGAGAUUAUGAAGAAAAUUCUUUAUUUGGGAAACACAUUGAAUGAAGGCACUGCAAGGGGAGCUGCAGUUGGGUUCAAGUUGGAUAGUCUCUUAAAGCUUACUGACACUCGGGCUACUACCGGUAAAAUGACACUGAUGCAUUAUCUUUGCAAGGUCCUGGCUGAAAAGUCUCCAUCACUCCUUGAUUUUCACCUUGACCUAGUUAACCUGGAAGCAGCCACUAAGAUACAAUUGAAGAUGUUAGCAGAAGAAAUGCAGGCACUCAUCAAGGGAUUAGAAAAGCUUAAACAGGAGCUUGCUGCAUCUGAAACUGAUGGCCCCGUGUCUGAUGUUUUCCGUAAGACACUUAAAGAAUUCCUUUCUAUAGCGGAGUCGGAGGUGGAAUCUGUAACAAACCUAUAUUCUUCAGCGGGUAGAAAUGCAGAUGCACUUGCACUAUAUUUUGGUGAGGAUCCAGCUCGCUGUCCAUUUGAGCAAGUUACUGCUACUCUCUUGAAUUUUACAAGACUGUUCCGAAAAUCACAUGAUGAAAAUGUCAAACAAGCGGAGGCAGAUAAGAAGAAAGCGGAGAAAGAGGCUGAAAUGGAGAGGGAGAAGGCUAAAGCCGGGACGCCAAGAAAGGGAGAUGGCCAGACGCCGAGGAAGUUUGAUAGAGACAUGGAUGGCCAGACGCCGAGGAAGUUUGACAUGGAUGGCCAGACACCGAGGAAGUUCGACAUGGAUGGCCAGACACCGAGGAAGUUCGAUAGAGAGAUAGAUGCGGAGACACCAAGAAAGGGUGACAAAGAGAUGGAAGAAAGCUGAGAAAGCAAAGGAGAAGAAAGUAUCCUCCCUUUUCCAAGAUGGACAAGUCUAUUUGGCCUCUUAAGGCUGGCGAAAUAGCUAGCCACUUUGAGAGCUUCUGAGAUGAUUCUCUGAUGGCAUGUUGUUGAAUCAGAAUUCCAUUGAUCAUCAUCAUCUAUGGCUCCACACUCUGGUGAUCAGCGCGGGUUCUUCAGAUGCUAAUGAAUAUGAUGGACGGAUGUAAGAAGAAGAAAUCGGCUUCCGCGUUCAUCCUUCCUGCACCAGAGCCUCAUGCCUUGGGAUUGUGAAGCACC